AUGGCCCACCUGCGAGCCUGCGAAGUCAGGCAGCUGCUUCACAACAAGUUCGCGGUUGUCACGGGGGACUCCAUCCAGAGGGCGGUGUACAAGGACCUGAUCCUCCUACUGCAGAAGGACUGCCUGCUCUCUUCCAGUCAGCUGAAGACCAGGGGCGAAAUAAGCUUCGAGCGUGACGUGCCGCUGGAGGGUGGCAGGUGGGGCUGCAUGCACAACAGCCCCCACUACCGCGAGGUUCRCCAGUUCUGCUCCAGCCACCACCUGGUGCGCUUCUACUUCCUUACGCGUGCGUACUCGCCUUACUUCGAGGAUAUCCUGGCAGAGCUGCGGUGGGGCGAGCACGCCCCCGACGUGGUCAUCCUGAACUCUUGCCUCUGGGACCUCUCCAGAUACGGCCAUGAUUUCCAAAGGAGCUACCGGGAAGACGUGGAGAGCCUGUUCCGGCGCCUGGACCAGGUCCUGCCCCAGUCCCGCCUCCUGGUGUGGAACACAGCCAUGCCUGUGGCAGAAAUCAUCUCUGGAGUCUUCCUUGCCUCGGAAGGCGAGACCUGCCGGACCAGCCUGCGGGAAGACGUGACGGAGGCCAACUUCUACAGCUGUAUGGAGGCGGGCAGGCGUGGCUUCCACGUGCUGGACCUCCAUUUCCACUUCCGCCACGCGGGGCAACACCGGCAGUCAGAUGGCGUGCACUGGGACAACGUGCACCGGCACCUCUCCCAGCUCCUGCUGGCCCACGUGGCAGAGGCCUGGGGUGUGGACCUCCCAGGCCACGACCCAGUGGGCAGGUGGAUCAGGGAUAACCUUUCGCUUGUAGGCAGACGUGCAGGACCGGCAGGCAGGCGGCAGCCCCAAGACAAUCGAGGUGACCCAAGAGAACCAGCCUUUUCCUGGCUCCCACCCACUCCCCCUUGGAGACCUUCUGUGCCUUUCCCUCAGGGUCAGGUAGUUCCCCAKACUACCACCACAGCACCCUUUUUUCUUCAGAUCCACCUUUGCAGCGCCAGCGGCUUUUGGACUCCUCAACGCGCCAAAUCAGUUAUACCAGGGAAGCUCACACCGUGGUAG